AUGUCGCAAAAUCAAUCAAUGGAAAUCGCAAGAUCGGUCCCUUGUAUGAAUGUAACGUCACGUAUAUUAGAUAAACCCGACAAUUCAAUGGGAUUUUUCAAAAGUUGUGUCACCGACCCUGAAAGAGAAUUUGAAAAAUUGACUGAGAAAAGCCGACCUUCCGUAAAGUCAUUGAUCGACAAACACAGAUUGUUCCAAAAUAAAUUGAUGGACGCAAAAGUAGCAGACUUUAAUGUUAAAAAAAAAUCGUUUGCUAUUGCUUGCGAAAACUUGAAUACAUCGUACGAUUGCUGCAGGAACAUGGAAGGCGAUACUCAACGGGUCGAUAAAGUUGAAAACUUUGUAAGAUAAUAUAUGAUAUUCUAGUUAUUAAUAUUAUUAAUUAUUAAAUAUGUAUAUUUUAAAACAAUCUAUUAUUGCUUUCCAAUCCUAUUUUAUUAACGAAAUAAAAUAUUUUAUCUAGGUAAAAAAUCACAUGUUUGGAAUAUUUAAUGCUAAAAUAAACGAAUGGAAUGAUACUAAAAAAUCUGCACGAGUGCAGGAUCAUAAACUGGUCCAGGAAAAUUUUGAUUUUAAAACUGGCAUGCCCGAAUUAGACGAAACGGUGAACGAUAUGGGCAAACAAUUGUUGCAAAUUAUUAUGUCCUUGGUUAAUAUCAACCGUUAUUACCAUCGGUGUUUGACGGACAUUUUAGAUACGAAAAAGUUUAAUAAUCUCAAUAGUGUAAAAAAUCACGUUGGUUCGGUGUUGAAACAAGGAAACAAGGCUGAAUCCACCGGGUCCGAACUGAUUACCUUUUGCCAGACUAAUUUGGAAAAAAUUGGCCACGUUUUGGAUAGUAAAUAUAAAUUACCCAUAGAGUCGAAUAAUCGAAAGUGCAUAAUCUAUCAUUCGAGAUUGAGUGUGCUUCAAAACGAGUUGACGGAAGUCAAGAAAAGUUGGAAGAACACUGAACACAAGAUCGCGUUACUAGAGAGGGAAAAGAGAGACUUAUUGAACAUAAAGAAUAGUUACGACAAUGAAAAUGUCCACAAAGUAUCGCUGGAAAAACGCAUCCAGGCUGAACAAAAGAGAAACGUAAAAUUACGAGCUAUGAUGAGUAAAAUUUUCGAACAGAAAAUGCCAUCUUAUAUCUUUUAA